ACAGGCCGCGGGGGGGUGGGGGUGCUCGAGCGUCUAUUUAUAUGCCGAUCCGGCAACCGGUAGGCUACAGUACAACCGCCGCGCAGCCAUAGAUUUCAGCCACCGGAUACGCGAGCGAACCCGACCCGAGAAGAACGAUCGAGCAAAGCAAAGCACGGGCAGCCAGCAAUGGGGCGCGGCAAGACCUCGAUGAGGCUCAUCAGCGACAGGCGGAAGCGGUCCGCGGCCUUCGCGACCCGGAAGAAGGGGCUGCUGAAGAUGGCGUCGGAGCUCUCCACGCUCUGCAGCGUGCCCGUCGCGGUCGUCCUCGGCGCCCCCGCCCCCGCCGCCGGAGGACCCAACGGCGCCGCGCCUCCUCCGGAGGUGUGGGAGACGGAGGAGGGCGUCCUCGAGAGGUACCGCGCGCUCCCCGCCGAGAAGCGCGCGGAGCACACGCAUCUGAGGUACCUGGAGGGGAACCUGGGCAAGGAGGAAGCCAAGCUCGCCAGGGUGCUCCACAAGGGCCCCGCCGCGCUCGCGCCGCCCGACGCGGAGCUCAACGGGAUGAGCCUCGACGAGCUGCGCGCGGUUCUCGAGUCCGUCGACGCCGCGCUGUUGGCCACCGCCGAGAGGAAGAAGGCGCUCGGCUUGCCGGAACAUGACGACGACGACGCCGUUGAUCCGUGCAUCGGUGGAAGCUUCGUGGGUUUGGAUGGCGGUUACUACGAGAUGGAGGAGCCCGUCGACGGCCGCCUCGACCGUCAGGCCAUAUGGGACGCCAAUGCCAUGAACAUGAUGCAGCCUGGCCCUGGGUACUACGGCUUUCCCAACAUGAACGUCGCGCAGCCUGCGUGCGACGCCCGCGGCUUCCUGCUGGACAUGGCGCCUGGCAUUAAUGGCGGCAACUACCACGGGCAGCUAGCACAGGGUUCCUUCUACUCUCAGCAGCAGCAACAACAGAAUGCCAUCUCCCAUCCAGCGUACGGUGGCUUCCAAUACACUGGCGGCAACACGGGCUACGCGGCGCCCAUGGGCAGCUCAUCACAGAUGCAGAUGCCGAGCAACGCCAACGAUGAUCUGACCAUGUGGCGCACCGCGGAGCCGGCCUGCAACGCCAUCGUGCCAGCAGGUUGGUGCCCAGAUCUGUUCACCGACAACAACUUGUACACGACGGCGCCCGGCUACCUCGGCAUGGGCAACGGUGGUGGCGACGCCAUGAACUACGUGAGCUGCAACGACACGCUGUACUGCUCGUCCAACGACUUCCAGUGCUCCGGCUCCGGUACCACCAGCCAGAACUCUUCAAACAUCGAGGACCUGCCCUACCUCAGAGAUGGUGCGCGACGAUGAGUACUGAACCCUUGCAUUGCUUUAACACGCAUAGCACUCUUUUUUUUAACACACAUAGCACUUGGUGUAACUACUAGAGUAGUCGUAGUCAGAUGAGCGACAUCAUGAUCAUUCCGGCAAUUUUGGAUGGUGGACGGCCGCCGGAAUGAGCUGAUGUUUGCCACCCCUCCGCCCAUGGUUCCUGAGCAAAAUUUCCCGGCCGAAGAGCAAAAGGGACAUGGGCUAUACUGUUAGGUCACUGGUUUGUGGAAAAGAAGACCCGGCAACUCGGAGAAGAUCCGGCAAUGUCCUCAUCCGGCAGCUCAGCUUGGAGAAUAUCCAGCAAUUUUGUACACCUCUGCUUGGAUGACGCGGCCAGGAUAAAAUCCGGCAAUAGGAUGAUCCAGCAAUUUUGUAGCUAUGUUAGGAUGAUCCAGCAAUUUUACUAGCCUAGAAAAUAUCCAGCAAUUUUGUAGCUAUGCUUGUAUGGUCUUAGAAUUGUAGCCAGGACAAGAUCUGGUAAUUUGUACCUACUAUGCUUGGAGAUUAUCAUGCCAGCUGUGUAAAUACAAUGAUAUAAAUAUACUCAUUGAGUCAUCAACUCUUUUA